GAAAUUUUCUCGUCGACCAAACAUCCCUUUUCUUUCCCAAAUCCCCUUGGUUUCGCUCAUCUUUCUGUUCUCUUUUCUUUUUUUCCUUGCUGCCCUUUUGUCCAAGAACACGAAAGUUCCGACCUUUGAUCAAAGAAACGAGCCAUGGCGUAUGCAUCUCGCGUAAUGAAUCACUCGAAGAAGCUGAGGGAUGUUCCCAGCAUAUUGCGAUACAGACAUGGAAGCUUGGUUCGUUGGUUCUCGAAUGAGGCUCUUGGUAAAAGAGAAGAUAUUUUGAAGGCUCGCAAUCAUGUAUAUGUGACUGCAGAGGAAGCGAGUUUCUCCUGUACUGCCAAUGGCCCCGUGUCAUCCUUGGGUAUUUUCAAGAGAAACGUUUCAACCAUGACCAUGAGAUCAGGAAGUCCGAUGCUUGCGCCAUUUUCUUGCUCUACCUCCACAUCAGGAGAUUGGAAUGCCGUCUCUCUCACCAACAAUGACAGAGGCAUGUGCCUUCCUGCAGCUUACUACCAUUGUAUGUUCUUCUCGUCUAAUAGCUGUUCCAUUUUCUCUGUUCUACAGGGGAACAUAGCAAGAUGGCUAAAGAAAGAGGGCGAGAAAAUCUCGCCAGGUGAAGUGCUCUGUGAAGUGGAAACUGAUAAAGCAACUGUUGAAAUGGAAUGCAUGGAAGAGGGUUAUCUUGCAAAGAUUGUAAAGGGAGAUGGAGCCAAAGAAAUUAAAGUUGGCGAGAUCAUAGCAAUUACUGUUGAGGAUGAGGAAGACAUUGGAAAGUUUAAGGAUUACAGCCCUUCGGCUUCAGGAGCGGAUACUGCACCACCUAAAGAGCCAUCAUCCUCCGCUCCACCUCCUCCACCAGCAAAGGAAGCUGUUGAGGAACCAGAUCGUUCUCCAGCACCAAAGACCCCCAAGCCCACUCCAGCAUCUUCUGAAGAUCGCAUUUUUGCUAGCCCUCUGGCAAAGAAAUUGGCUGAAGAGCGCAAAGUAUCUCUAUCAGAAAUCAAAGGAACAGGUCCUGAUGGAAGAAUUGUGAAGGCUGAUAUUGAAGAUUACUUGGCUUCAAGUGGCAAGGAAGUUUCUGCGGCAACACCAAAGACCAAGGCCGGUGUGGCAGAUGCUGCUUUGGAUUAUGUUGACAUCCCCCAUACUCAAAUUAGAAAGGUCACUGCUGCACGCUUAUUACUGUCGAAGCAAACUGUUCCUCACUAUUACUUAACCGUUGACACACGUGUUGAUAAACUUAUGGAACUGCGCAGCCAACUCAAUUCGUUGCAAGAGGCCACGGGUGGGAAGCGGAUAUCUGUAAAUGAUCUUGUCAUCAAGGCUGUCGCUUUGGCCCUUAAGAAAGUUCCACAAUGCAAUAGUUCAUGGAAUGAUAACUAUAUCCGCCAGUAUAAGAAUGUAAAUAUCAAUGUAGCUGUACAAACAGAUAACGGGCUAUACGUUCCAGUUAUUAGGGAUGCAGACAAGAAAGGUUUGUCAGCAAUAGGCGAAGAAGUCAAACAUUUGGCCCAAAAAGCCCGGGACAACAGCUUGAAGCCAGAAGAUUACGAGGGAGGAACAUUUACUGUAUCUAAUUUGGGUGGGCCUUUUGGCGUCAAGCAAUUCUGUGCCAUUGUGAAUCCUCCGCAGGCAGGAAUUCUAGCUGUUGGUUCAGCUGAGAAGAGGGUAGUACCCGGCUCUGGUCCCGAUGCCUACUCGUUUGCUUCGUUCAUGGCAGUGACACUAAGCUGUGACCAUCGGGUUAUUGAUGGCGCCAUCGGUGCAGAAUGGCUCAAGGCAUUCAAGAGUUACAUUGAGAAUCCGGAGACGAUGUUGCUGUAAAAAUUUGAACCAAGUGGGCUAAGCCUGAUUUCUUCUCUUCAUUUGGGCAUUUCCGUGAUUUCAUCGUGCAGAAAGAAAGCGUGGAUUGAAUACAGAUGCACUGAUAACACCAUUGAAUAUUCCUUUUCUGUUCUUUUAUGGUAUUCAUUGAAUUCGAAGGAGCAACGGCAUGUUUGAUAUAGUGUUAGCAUUUCCUUUAGGGGAGCUGAAAGAAACCGUUUGUUUUGUUCAAUAAAAUGGGAGGCUUUUCAAGGCACUGUAAACUCACAAGGUACUCGAAACUUUUUGACACCAGCAGAGGGUAAUAACUAAUAGCCUCCUUCCAAGCUUCUGCAGAUGCCAGAUUUUUAACCGAACAUGUCGAUCGUUUCUUAUAGUUACAUUCAAAAUUAUUGUCUACUUUCAUUUCUAAUUUGCUCAAGAAUCGUUCCAUCCUAUAGUGGUUGUGUUGGCAGCAAACAUUUCAGG